AUGGCCGAAAAGGAACUCUCCAGCGUGCUCCAGCAGCUCCACCAGACGCUCAAGUCGCACAACUACCAGCAAUCCACCUCAUUACUGAGCAAAGCCAAGAUCGCCCUCCUCAACCUCAACGCCCUCAUCCCACAAGAGAAGUCCCCGCGGAAACACCUGCAGCUCGCGCGUGAGACGCUCGAACUCGGCGCCAUCAUCUCCAUCCGCCUCAAAGACACCGAGUCCUUUACCCGCUACUUCCAGCAGCUGCAGCCCUUCUACUCGCUGCCAGAGUCCACACUACCUAAGGAUGGCAGCCAAUCGAGCAAGGUCACGGGACUGUACUUGUUGCUGCUGCUGAGCGAGGGCGACUACGCGGGUUUCCACACGCUGCUCGAGACGCUCGAGGUGGCGGCCGCUCAGGCGAGCGCGAAGCUAGAGGCUGAUCCGUUUAUCCAGUAUCCGAUUCGUCUGGAGCAGGCGCUUAUGGAGGGGAGCUACGACAAGGUGUGGGUUGAGACGAAGAGCGAGAGGGUGCCUGGCGAGGAGUUUGCGCUGUUUACUGAGAUCCUCAUCGGAACCAUCCGCAAGGAAAUCGCUUCCUGCUCCGAGCGCGCAUACCCCUCUAUCCCCAUCUCCGACGCCAAAUCCCUCCUCUUCCUCGACUCGGAAGGCAGCGUCGUCAACUUUGCAAAGGAGAGCGGUUGGGUUGUCAAGGACGGCAGGAUAUACUUCCCUCAGCAGGAGGAUGAGUAUCUGAACAGGGAUAUUUUGGUCACGAGCGAUCAGGUUAUUGAGAAUACGCUGGGGUAUGCGAGGGAGUUGGAGACUAUUGUCUAA